AUGGCAUACCGGCGGCGUUCACGCACGCCGAAAUUCAGUCAGAUACAGGCGGGCAGGCUGAGCGCAUCUGCUUUGCAACCACUACACAAUAAACACUUAGUAACCCUUAUAAGAUAUAUUAAAAUACUUACGAUUAGAAGAAGAAGCAAAUAUUUAUAAUAUAUUUUUGUACCAGUGAACCGUUUUUAAUACUUAAACGUCGUUUUUAUGUAUUUAUAAACCACAUUAUAAUACGCAUAAAAGUACAUCAAACAUCCGAGCGUGAAAAAAAAAACCACCGCAUUGGAGAAUACGCAAUCAUUGAAUGAAAAAGCAGCCGUGUGCGCACCGGAGUGUCGAGAAGCAGGCAGGAUAAUCACGUAUCGCGGACAGUUGUUGUGUGCAUCUCCUUCGAGUAUUCCGGGCACCUCGUGCGCGUGUGUGACAAUUGACAAAAACGUAAAAUCAAACAAUUUUUCUAACUCUAACCUAGCCAUCGCAGUGUGCCGCGCCGCGCCGAUUCCACAAACAGCUGAACGUCGCACCGACGCGUUGAAAAAGAAGCACGUUGCAGUUCAUCGCAGCAUGCCUGGCAGCACGUUCACCGACAUGGUCAUCGGCGACGACCGCGCGCUCCAGCUCGCCCUCGAGCUGACGAUGAUGGGCUUAAACGACCCGCUCGCGAACGUCACCGAACCGGAGAGUCCCACCGACCCGCUGGGGAACUUCGUCAAUCCGCUCACCAACCUCGGCCUCGACGAGGUCCGCUCCAAGAAGUCGCAGAACAUGACCGAAUGCGUGCCGGUGCCCAGCUCUGAGCAUGUGGCUGAGAUCGUCGGCAGACAAGGAUGCAAGAUCAAGGCGCUGCGCGCAAAGACAAACACGUACAUCAAGACGCCCGUUCGCGGCGAGGAGCCCGUGUUUGUUGUGACGGGGCGCAAGGAGGACGUCGCCAAGGCAAAACGUGAGAUCCUCUCUGCCGCCGAGCACUUCUCGCAGAUUCGCGCGUCGCGCAAAAACAACCUCGCCGGCCUCGGCUCGGGCACGAGCACCCCGCCCGGCCCGCCGGCCAACAUUCCCGGCCAUAUCACCAUCCAAGUGCGCGUGCCGUACCGCGUCGUUGGGCUGGUGGUCGGGCCUAAGGGCGCCACUAUCAAGCGUAUCCAGCAUCAAACGCACACGUACAUUGUGACACCCAGCCGCGACAAGGAGCCCGUCUUUGAGGUGACCGGCCUUCCCGAAAGCGUCGACACGGCGCGCCGCGAAAUCGAAGCGCACAUUGCGAUGCGCACCGGUAAUGGCGCCUCCAUCAACGGCAACGGCAUCAACUCGCUCGGCGGCAACAUUGAUGACGCCAGCGAGAUUCUCAGCAAUCUGUACAAGAACGGCUUCAAUUCGUUGUUUAACUACAUGGAACCGCAGGCGGAUGCGUUUCCCAACAUGACUUCAUCCACUGGCAGCACGGGCGCCUUCUCCAGCUCCGGCUCGUGCUCAUCGUCGUCUUCGAGCUCGGGCGGACGUGGUGAUCUCGGCGCGAUUUGGAGCUCGAAUGAGCGCGAUGAAGGGCUUGGCGAUUCGCCCAGCUUUGACUCCUCCACAGCACUGAGCAGCAUCUGGUCGUAUCCCAAUCCGGCCGCCGCCGCUUCAUCGGUGCCGUCGCGCCCAUCGCCGGCGAACAGCACCAGUCCCGCUGAUUCACUACUCAGCUCAGCAAAGUGUUUGGUCUGCAGCGAGGGUAAAGUCACGCACGCGCUUGUGCCGUGCGGCCACAACUUCUUCUGCAUGGAGUGCGCCAACCGCGUGUGCGAAGGCAGCGAGGCGCAGUGCCCGUUCUGUUCGCUGCCCGCGCUGCAGGCGAUCCGCAUCUAUUCGCCGAAUCCUUAAAUUGCAUCAAAUCGACUGUUGAGCGACCGCGCGCGACUCCAACCACCAGAUCGAUCUCGUUCAAGAAAUCCUCUAUACACGUAAUUCAUUAUUAGUGCUAUCACCACAUUAAAUGCGCCCAUACACACACACGUACAUACACAUAUUUUCCGGGCGGCUGAAAAUCCAAACUUUAAUCGAAAUCAUCCAGCGUCGCACGAUCCACACAACGAAACUUUAUGAAAAAAGUAUUGAAACGUAUAAUAUAUUUGAAUAUUUAAUUAUUUUUUGUUAUUUGUUUAUUUAUGGUUUGUUGAUAUCUAUAUUUGUAACUAGAUAUUAAAACGGUGCGGACUGGAUCAUUUCGAUUGCGAUUCGGAUUUUGCACGCGGUGGAGGCGCCGGGCACCGCCCGGGAACUCAGUCAUUUAUAUUGCCAGUGACCCACACACACACACACAUGCAUACACACAAAACACGAACUUAUAAACAACUCAUUCUUGAAGAGCAGCGGCAGUACGCCCACAAGAGUGCUGCUUGCUGGCGCAACUCUGGGGAGAUGAAGAUGAACAUUUGAUAUUUUCUUAUGUAUUGUAUGAUCACACAUUUUUAUAGUAUUAGAGAGUUUUUAUUGAAAAGAAAAUGGAAAAAAUCAAAUAAUGUCGGUAUAACUAUAUUAUAUAUUUUUUGUUUGUUUACAUAAUGAUAAUUAGAAGAAUUUGAUAAUUUUUAUAUUAAAGCCAGAAACGACGGAAGAAUUAAUCAAAGCGCACUCGUGGCGCGCGCGCAUUUAAACCAGUGCUCUCUUAUCUCAGAAGAUUGUUGUUGUAAAAAAAAGAAGAUUCUACACACACACGUAUACAUACACGCAAUACUUUUAGUUUUUGUUUUAAUUUUUUUUUUUAAAUUUACUUUUAACGUUUGUUCCUUCGGGCGCUCGACAUAAGCAAAUAUAAGACAAGAAAAGACAAGCCACAUUUGAAUUUACAAAAUGCAAAUCAAUAGAGAGAUGUUUAUAUUAUGCCGUUGCAUACAGACAGCAAAAAAAAAACAGAACGUAUAUUAGAGGUAUUUAUUACUAAGUGUUUAUCGUUAUUUUUUAUUAAUAUUAUGAUAUAAUUAUUAUUUUGAUGAUUACGCAGAGUAUGCGACUAAGCGACGAUAUUUUGCGGUGGGUGAUGAAAAUGGAAAACGUAUAUUUUUUUAUUUUUUCGCCAUGUGAUUUGCCACCACACGAACGAAUACGAAGCAAGAAAAAAACACAAAGUAAACACAAAAAACGCGAGUGACUCGUACGUCACACAAGUGUAAACACUCACACACACUAAAAAAAAAACGUAAGCAAGCAGGAAGAAAGCAUAUGCUGUGCGGUGAAUGAAAGAUAAAAGUAAUAAAAUAUGAAAACACAAAAAUAUGGAAAUAAUUACAAGUCUGAUUCAGCAAUUCUCAAUAUUGUUUAAGAAGAAAAAUGAAGUAUAAUAUGAAAUAAAUUAACUAUUAUUAUUAUAUUCUACUAAGCUAAAUAUUAAUAUAACAAUUGAAGUUUAACUAAUAUAUUAUUGUAAAAAAAUAUAUCUAAUAUCUAUCGUACGAGAAGCAAACGGAAGCAGACGGGGAGCGUUUGGGAGAUGGAAAAGUGUCGCGGGACAUUUUUCGGUUUUCGGCUGUUUUUUCCGCCACCAUCCUCCUCUUGCAACUCUUGCAAAACAGACAGAUGAAGAACAUCAAUAUUCGUGCGCUAUUUUGAAUGUUUCGCGUCUUCGAUUAUAUGUAAUCUUAGAAUGUAACAACUUUGCUUAAGGAUUUAAAUAUGCUAAUGAAAGGUGAAAUUUGAACACGCGCUGAAUACAAACAAAAAAAAAAUCAUACCAGACACGAGACGAAAAACGUUAACUAGGAUUAUUCAGAAACUGGGUGACGAAAACAGGGGCCUGGCUGUGAUCCGAACUGCCACACUGGUCGCGUCCGCCGCACAAUUCAAACGCACGCCGGUUGAUUGAGAACAACUAAAAAAGCUACACGAUGUUUCGCACUCCUAAUAAACGACAUACAUAUCCCUUAAUUGUUAGUUGAAUCGAAAAUAACUCACAAAUAACGAUUGUUACUAUUGUUCUGUUAUUAUGUGUCAUUGUGAUGUGUGAUAAACAUAUAUUUCUUAUAUAGCCGAUAAGUUAAAGAGUAUUUUAUAGUGAAAGACGACGGAUAAAGUCAGUUCGCGCUGCAAAACGUGUGUGGCGAGUAUAAUAAACUAAUACAAAACACACAACUCACACACAAGCAAAAACACGUGAAUAAAUUGUUUAUGAAUGAUGAAUGAUAAUAAAUACCGCGGACUCGUGUAGCUACUGCGCAUGCGCGCACGUGGCGCGAAUUGUGGCGGGCGCGAUCGCGAGCGUUGCGCAACCAAAACACACACCUGAGUAAAACAAAUGAGACAACAUCGUUUUGUGGCAAGACGCAACCCUAUAAUUAUAAUUAAAUUAGUCGUAGCUUUGCGCGGCCCCAGAUCCCAGUGGAAAAACGUAUUGGAAUCCGAACACUCUCGGACUACGUUCGACAAUCUCUGUGGCUCGAGGAGCGAGGUCACUCUUGAUCAUAUAUAGAUACAUAACAUAACCACACUCGACGUACGCCAUCUUGUCAUCGGGUUUCAUUCAUAUCGGCGCAUUUACACACGAAUUCGUUUCGGAAAUACGUACAAUAGAGCGGGGGAAAAAAGAAAAGAUUAAAACAGAAACCUAACCUAAACAGACACAUUAUGAUUGUAUAUAAGUUGUUGUUUUAUAGCUAUUAAUACCAUUUAUUAUUAUUAUUAUCUAUUAUUAUUUUAUUUUUUUACAUAUUUUUGUGAAGAUAUAUUUAAUAUUAUGAAUGUUAGUACAAGUACACAUGUCCACAAAGUUUAUAUUUGAUGAAUACCCUUAUUAAUAUUAUUAUUAUAUUACACUAUUAUUAUUAUUGAAAAAGAAAGAAGAAAAACAAACGAAAUCAUCCUCUCGAUUGUGUGCAGCGUGACUGUUUUUUUUAUUAUUAUUAUUAUUAUUAUUUUUAUUUUGGAUAUAUGUUUCAAUUGGAUAGAUUUUUGGAUUUAUUAUUAUAUGAUAUAUUUAUAUUUGGUAAAAUAUUCGAGAAAACGAUUUGAUGAUGAUAAUUUUUGCAUUGCACAUUAGCAGCAAGCAGAUGAUUUUUUUUUUUGAGUUUGAAAUUCUGUUGUACAGGUGUGUUUUAUUUAAUUUUAGUAGCAAAGUGUGAAAAUUUCAUUCAUCAGUCGAGACACGACGCUUAUAUCACUAGAGUUAAUAUUUAAUAUAUUUUUGAUUGAAUUUAUUUGAUCGCCAUCGGAUCAUUUGCGAGAUGAUGAUGGGGUGAAGGUGGGUGGUAUGUGAGUUUUUGCGUCAGUCCAUUUUUUUCUAUGUGCUGAAUUUAAUUAAACUCGCAGGACAUCGCGGAUCUUUAUUAAUUACUAGUUUUGAUUGUGUUGUGAAUUUAUUAUGAAAGACUAUAUGGAUCCGUGUGGGAUGUCUUGCGGGGCACCUAAACCUAAUAAACUAAAUGAAAACGUGUGCUAAAGACUACGACGCUGAACUCACUCGCCGCCCCCCGAACGCUCCGAAUCACUCUCGCGGAAUUUUAGAGCAAAUUUAAUUUUGAUUGUAACCGAAUAAGAAGUUUGAAAUUCUGUUCAGAGGUUAAACUAUGAGAGCAAAGAUGGGAUCGGAAGUUUACAGAUACCCCCAACUAGCCAGAAUAUUUUUAAGAUUUUUUUAUUAUUAAUAUGAUAAAUUUAAUUGCUACCAAAUAUUGUCAUAUAUGAUAUAUAUUUAAUAAUAAAUUUCUUGAUUACAA